UUGAUAACUCCACAUUUCAUGUUUUAGAGUUUGUAACCUUUGUAAUCUCAUCAGCUGACAAUGUAGAUGCCUGAAAAUGUUUGUGAUUUUACACAAUACAGGAAGCAGCUUUUCCCUCACUAUUGUAACGUGACGCUUUGGCAAGGUUCUAUGAGAACGCUUCAGCUUUUAUUUUCCUUUAACGCCCCUUGAAGAAGAUAUCUCAUCAUCAAGUUCACAGAAAUGAUCUGUCCUCAAUCACUUUUAGUCAGCUUUGACAAAACACCUCUCAGUUUGUGGAAAGUUUGUGCCUCCGCGUCUGAGGUUUCUGACACUUGAGGAAAUACACAAUCUCAAAUACACAGUAGGCUCCUGUCAUGUGUUUUGGUCAGGAGCCUACAUGUCCAGUGCUCGAUUGCUCUGAUCGCGCUUGUUGUGAGUGUUUCCAAUAAGAAGCUCCAUUUGUGUUUGUCCCUUUUCUCAAGAGAUGAGUGACAAGCGUUUGCAUCAUGGUUCGAGGCUGCCGAGGCAUGGCGAAGACUCGCAGAUUUAAGAUGGUCUUUUAGGGUCAUCAGAUCCCACGUAUAGCGCUUGAGUUGAGCAGGGCUUUAGGGAAUGUUUGGAUUCUAACACUCAAGGGCAUAUUCUGCUUUCACAUUUGUCUCGGCAAAGAGCAUGCGCAUUCAGUGUUACAUGCUCACUGUGAUGAGCUCUGCUCAUAUUUGUUCCUAUUCCUGAGGGAUGCAGAACAAAGCAUUUGUGUCUCGUGGCCCGCUUCCACUGUUGCUACAACACAGUUUAUCUCAUCUUGCGGUCAUCAUUUUGAUCUACAGGAUUCGCACAUACUCUCUAAUAUGCAUGUUAUUGUGUGCGGAGAACCUCGCUGUUUGCGAAUAUUUUUAAAUACUGGUGAGUGAUGCUUGCGAGUUUUCUCUCCUAGGGUGUUUCAGCUCUUAGAGGAGUUAUAGGGAAUGAUCCUUGGGAAUGAUCCUUCCUGUGUUAAGCCGAGAGUAUAGAUGUCUGUGGAUGGUUAUGCUCCAGCUCAAGCUUACUUUGCUUCGAGGGCAGCUAUGUUCUAGCCUGGCUUCUAUAACUACGUUGGGUUCCCCUUGGCACAAACUCUCUUGAGUAAGUGCUGAAGUCUUUGUCUAGGAAUCCUCUCUUUGAGAAUAGCUGGGUUCUAGCUUGGAGACUGCUCAACUUUUAGGGUCUUUAAAUAGUGAUCUCCUUGAGCCCCUUGCCUAGACCAUGCUUGUCUCCCCUUUUGGGUUUUAAAUAAAUGGCCCACAUCCGUGGUAUGGGCAUCCUUCAGCCUUUUCUGAGGGAACUGCUAUUUGAGGAUAGCUGUGUUCAGCCCUCUAGUGUUAUGGCCAAUGCUUACAUCAGGCUUUGAUCUCAGACAAAUGAAGUUUAUGUGUUCACUCUUUAGCAAAUCAUUUACUGAUGGUCCGGGUCUGCCUCUUGUGAGCUCCUGGUCAAUAACACGGUGCUUCGCUAGCCUACUGUGGGACUGACACGGAUUGGGGACCUCCAUAGUAUAGCCAUCUGACGGUGGUUAUAUUGUUGCCAUUGUUGUAGCAGGACAGGCUUACUUGAAUACAGCUAUCUGAGGCUAGCUGUAGUAGUCCCUUUUCCUUUAGCCUAGUUAUCUGAGGAUAACUACGUGCUAGCUCAUUGAUUGCUCUUCUGCUUAGGGUUUUAAGUAGGGGUAUCUUGAGUCCUUACCUAGACAGUGCUGUCUUCCCUCUUUGGGUUGUAAGUAGACAGCCUACUCUUUGUGGUCUGAGUAGUUUUGGUCAGUUACCCUUCUGGAAGCCCUUCCUAGAAAAAUUGUAUUUGUGUCCAAAGUGAAGAGAUGUGAACAUUACAGAGCACUGAACACUCUCAUGCAGUGUAUGAUUUAUUCCUCAAAGCUGGAGGGCAGUCUCCUGCAUGAUAUGCCAGGAAAUCCUAAUAUGGACAAAGACAUCCAGCUAUAGUUGAAAACGUGAAGAUAAUACAUGCACGAUUAUGACAAUGUAUGGUUUAUGUGUGGUUUUUGAAGUCAUCUCCAAGUAGUAAAUAAAGUCUGAAUAAUAUCUGAAAAAAUACAGUGCUAAUUGACACAGAAACUAAAAAAUAUAUUUUCUGCCUUAAUCUGUCAUAAUAAAUAAAUAAAUAAAUAAAUAAUUUAAUAAUAAAAACAAAUCAUACAAUUACAAUUAUAGGAAAAUAUAGGGGAAAAAAUACAGAAGACAAAUUAUUGGUAAUUGUCCUGCACUUUAUGUGAUUCAUUUAUUUAUUUUGCCAAGUAAAAGAGAUAAGGAAAAAAAUAUAAAUAAAAAAAUUCUGCCAUUUCUGCCCCCUCACUUCUGAAAUAAUGGCUACACCUCUGAUCAUGUCCAUACUUGUUACUUCCUUCUGUGCUUUUGUGCAUCACAAUAUGUGGUCCUUCCUUAUGAUGCAGCUUGAAGAGGCGGAGCAAAAGUUUUAUUUUUUAUAAAUUCUCAUCACACUGUCUUGGGAUGUUCAACUUUUAUUGAACAGGGAUACAGAAUGGAGAGCUACACAACUGCAUGUGUAGUGACAAUCUUGUACAUUUUUGCCACAUCCUCUGCACAAGGAAUAUGCCAUCAUGAUAGAGGGGGCCACAGGAAUGCCGGAAGGCAGAUGGAAGGCAGACAUCAUCUGCACUGUUGUGGAAAUGUGCCUUACAAUAUCUCAGGAAGUUCUUGCUGUAAUGGAAAAAUAACUCUGGGAUUAAGCCAGCUGGUGGCUGACUGCUGUGAUUCUCUAGCUUACAAUCCCCUUAAUGAGAUUUGCUGUAAUGGCAGCAUACAGACUCGAAGCAGCAUUCAUGCAAAAUGCUGUGGCAAAGGCUUAUACUUGACAACGACUCAUUUGUGCUGUGGUGGUAACAAAAUAUUUGAACGGAAGGAAAAUCAUUCUUGUUGCGGCAAGGAAUUCUAUGAUAUGACAACCCACUGCUGCUGUAUUAACCCACUACAAGUGAACCAUAAAAAUGAAAACUGCUGUGUAAAACCAACAGCAGGUUAUAAUCUGAAUAUGAUUCUCACAGAUUCUCAUAAAAAAACAAAAUACAAGCAAAGCUAUCUUCUCACCCAAACACGCCCCAGUAACUCAGAAUUGAAGUGUGGAUCAAAACCCUUCAAUCCUCUGAAAAACAUUUGUUGCUCCGGGAAUCUGCAUAUGAAAGCAUCAGCACUUACUAAGUGCUGUGGCGAACAUGCUUACUCUCUGUCAGAUGAUAAUGUGAUGUGCUGUAAUGGAAUCCUUCAACGCAAUGUGUCUGAGCAGUCAGAGUGUGUUGGAGGUGUUAUAUAUACUCCAGAAAACACUAUUUGCCAAAUGUCUACCCGUCCCCGUCUUGGCGAGCACUGCUGUGGAGGCCAAACUUUCAAUCCGCGUACACAUAUUUGCUGUAACGGACACAGCCACAGCAAGAAGAAUGGCAAUUUCUGUUGUGGUUCAGAAGUCUAUGACCACCACAUGCAGUUCUUGAAAUGUUGCUCUGGUCACCUCUACAACCUAACGCAUUUACGUGGAAAAGCAGAGUGCUGUGGAAACAUAUUGCUGGAGUCUGAUAAGACACAAACAUGUUGUUCCUCCUCAACCAAUACCGUAAUUUAUGACACCAAACAAAACCACAGUUGCUGUGGGCAUUACUACUACAACACAUCCCUGUGGAGCUGCUGUGCUGAACAUCUCAAAGGAAUACCAAAGCCUAACAGCUCUCCAGCAAAAUACAGACUUAAACCACUGAUUGAGCUGAUCCCCGAAAUAUGCAACAAAAAAGUGUUCUUCGGCAAAGUGGAGAGUGUGGCACUUGAAAAUGAUCAGCGUCAUGUGGUGUUGAAAGUUGUUUGGCAGGUCAAUGUGAAAUUGGAAAUGAUGAUCAAAGACCCUUGGCUUCAUGUGUCCCUGGAUCACUGCAGCUCUCCUGCCACAGAGAACGGCAUGACCUACCUUUGGGAGGAAAACCACAGUGGGGAGUACAAGCUUCUCUCUCACCCUGUUGAUCUAACCUCUGACAUUCACAUGUUCUAUUCUGUGUGUUACCAAAAAAAAAGGAUAGAAAUAUGGUCUGAGGUCUGUUUCCCAUAACUUCAAAGCAAAUUUAUGCUGGAUAUCAUAAGAUUUCUGUCUUGAUGUUAUUACUAAUGCUAAACGACCCUAGUAUGUGAAUGGCCUCUAUAUUUGAAAGCUACCUAAACCUUUACUGCCUUAAGUCAAGUUUCCGAAGUCUGUGUUUCUGUGGCAUUACACAGCAUUAUGGCAUUGACAGAGGCAUCACAUUUUGUGCAUCUGUGCAUUUUGCCUCACUGGUUAUUUUUAUUUUAUCCCAAUAAUGGAUUGACCCUAUAUGAAGUGUCAAAUGGGGUAGUUGUUAAUUUUCUCACCCUCAGGCCAUCCAAGAUGUAGGUGACUUUUUUCCUUGAGUAGAACAGUAAAGAAGAUGUUUAGCUGAAACCGUGGUCUUUGGGGAUUCAUAAAAUUCAAGUCAAUGGCUGCCCGAUUUUGAGAAUUAAAAAAAUAACAUAUCAAGGAAGACAAAAAUAAUACCCGUGGCUUCUGGCGAAAUAUUGAGGUCUUAUAAAGUGAUCGGUCUGUGCAAGAAACGAAAUAUUAUUUACAACAUUACAACCUGUAAUCCACAUAAUUCUGAUUAUUUUCAGUUAACUGUUCACUCCUUAGUUCAUUGUACUGUUGGAGUAACUGUGCUGAAUGAGUUGCUUUACUUAAUUUUCUAAUGAUUUUUGCCAUAAAAGUAAAAUCAAUCAUUUUGACCCAUACAAUGUAUUUUUGGCUAUUGCUACAAAUAAACCCCAGCGACUUAAGACUGGUUUUGUGGUCCAGGGUCACAUAUGGUAUUUUGGCUCAUUCCAAGUCAGAGUGACUGUCAGGCACAUCCGAAAAUGAGUUUUGAUUGAGUAACUUGUGCUGCUUGAAUCGCAAACGGUGAACUCAUUCAAUUACCAAAAAGAAAUAGUUGAUAAAAAAUUAUUGGUUCGUGAACUGGGUAUUUUCUUUGCCGGAAAUCUUUUUUACUGUUGUACUGAAGAGAAAAAGUCACCUACAUCUCAGAUGGACUGAGGGUGAGUAAAUUAACAGCAAAUUUUCAUUUUUGGGUUAACUAUUCCAUUAAGCUAUUUAAUCAGUCUUGUAAUUUUGUUUUUUAGGAUUGUAUAACUAAUAUGAAAAUGUCAAAAUUACAAUCAUUUUCACAAUGUGAAAUUACAAUUACAAUGUGAAAACAUUAUUAUUAUUAUUAUUUUAAAUUCAUAUUAAGUUCUUCUAACCUUUAAAAAAAUUUAUAAACUAAAUUGCUGUGCAGUCUUAAUUUUAUGUAUUUUAAGUUGCACUGCAUGACCUAAUGAGCAGUUUUAAAAUUGUACUGUAUUUUAAUGUUUUCUUAGUCUCAGGUCUAUUUCAAUUGCUGGUGCAUGUUUUAAUAAUUUGACAGGUUUCAGAGGCCUUUAUAUACUAUAGCUCAAAGGUGCUUUUAACAUUUAAUCGUAAAUGUUUGUUCAAAAGCAGUUAAUAACUGUUAUGCUAAUUCUUGAAAAGACAAGGUUGAAGGAGUAGUUUACUUCCAAAACAAAA